AUGGGCUUUCUACAGGUUCUACCAGGAGGUAUCUGUGAGCUUUUAAAUCCUGAAGUCUAUCCUGAGGAUAGUGGUCUGUAUAAAUGCACAGCAACAAACCCUCAUGGCAAAGCAGAAACAGCUGCUUACAUCAACAUUGAAGGUGUUACAUACCAAAAAGACCGUGAAGAGGCCUCCGCAAGUGAGACAAUAUCAGGUGCAGUUGACGAAUCCACAGUGGUAGCGAUGCCACCGAAAUUUGUUGAACAGCUGACUGCAGAAACAGAUGGAGCAUAUGAAAUUAAUUACUUCAGACUGCUUUGUAGAAUCCGCAGCACUAUCCAAACUACUGUAACAUGGUGGAAGGACGAUGUAGAGAUCAAGCCAAGCAACAAAUACGAGUUUCAUAGAUUCUCUGAUGGAGCUUUGAUCCUCACAGUUCACGAACCUUCACCAGCUGAUAAUGGUAUUUACACAUGCAAGGCUGACUCGGAGUACGGUGUGAGCAGCAGCAGUUGCGAGGUCACCAUUCCGCCUAGAACUACAGUAACAACCGAAACGAUAAUCGAGUCAUCAACGGAGGCAACAAGCAUUGUUGAGUCCCCGUCACCCGUUCAAGCAGAAACAACCAAAGAGGAUUUUGUUGCAACCACGGAAAUCACGAAGCAUGAAGGUCAGAUAUUGAGAAAGCUUAUCUGAAA